AUGGUCACCGUCGGCGCCAUGGUGUACCUGGUCGACGGCAGGAGGAAGGUCUGGCGCGCGGACCUCGCGGACCCGGAGCCCAAGGUGGAGCGCCGGAACACGGCGUGCCAGCUCCCGUUCGGCGAGAGCAGCAUGCGCCACUACCUCGUGGAGUCGCUCCGGCACGUCCACCUCGUGCUCGCGGACGAGCACAACGCGCGCGUCGCGCUCUUCAGGCUGGACUGGGACAAGAAGGUGUGGACGCAGGACCGCGUGCGCGGGGACCGUGUCCUGCUUUUGGGCCGCGGGUGCUCGGCCUCUGUGCCGGCGGCGUCGGGCCGGCCGCCUGGCAUGCUGUUGUUCGCGCACCAGCCGUCGUUGAGUCUCGUUGACGUGGGCGGUUGUGGCGUUGGGCUCGCGUGGUUCUGGGCGGAAUCGUGGGUGGAUGAAGGCUCGGAUGAUAAGCUGGUGCUGAAGAAGAAGAUGCACCACCGGCAAGGCGAGUUCACCGCUGGUGACUCGUUCUGGUUCUUCCCGGCCAUCGAUCCGGAUGAAAGGGCUAUGUUUGCAUCGCAGGCCUAG